CCUCUUUCUCAACUUGAGAGCUUUUCAGUAUCUCUCUUUCAUCAAACAACUUUUCUCUCAGGUCGGAUUCUUAUGCUCUUUUUUCCUUUCCACGCGCGCGUGACACACAAACACACACACACUCUGUACUCAUAUAUAUACACAUAUCUAUAUAUCUAUAUAUAUUUGUGUGUAUAUCAAUCAAGCAGUAAAUUACCAGCAGCAGAAGCUUCAUAAAAGUUAGUUCAAUUCCAUAUAAUAAUCAGAAUUCAUUCUUCUCAUGUUCUUCUUCUACUGAAACUAUUUGAAGGAAAAGAUAAUUGACAGUUGUAGCUGAAUCAGUCAUGGCACAAAACUGGGAAGCUGACAAGAUGUUGGAUGUUUAUAUCCAUGACUAUUUGUUAAAGCGGAAGAUGCAUGCAUCUGCGAAAACGUUCAUGACUGAAGGGAAGGUUGCUACAGAUCCUGUAGCCAUUGAUGCUCCUGGGGGAUUUCUUUUGGAAUGGUGGUCUGUCUUCUGGGAUAUAUUUAUAUCAAGGACAAAUGAGAAACAUUCUGAGUCUGCUGCAUCAUAUAUAGAGACACAACAAAUGAAAGUGAGAGAGCAACAACAAUUGAAAAUGCAGCAGCUGCAUUUGAUGCAACAAAGAAAUGUUCACUUACAAAGGAGGGAUCCUAAUCAUCCCCCGCUUGGUGGUUCUGUAAAUUCCAUGAAUGCUGAUGGAAUGAUGGGAAAGCCAUCCGUUGGUACAUUGGGCGCGAAAAUGCAAGAGGAAUCCAUGAAGCAUUCUCAUUCUAUGGUUUCAGAAACCUCUCCAAAUCCUCUUGAUGUCAAUCGGAUGCACCUUCUAAAGUCGGCGACUAAUAAUCAAGGCCUGUUGAUACCUGGAAAUGCAACAAAUGUAUCUUCUACUUUGCAGCAAGUUCAAGGAAGGCCUCAGUUGAAUACGGAAAUUAAACAAGAAGUCAACUUGGGCCAUACACAGAAAUCCUUGUCUACAGAUCCUUCAUCUAUUUAUGGACAGGCAAUUUUGCAGUCGAAGGCCGGACUUGGUGGUACUGGAUUAAAUCAAGGUGUUACCGGUCUACCACUGAAGGGUUGGCCUCUAACUGGUAUUGACAACUUACGUGCCAAUAUGGGUCUGCAAGUACAAAAGCAAAACAUGCAGAACCAAAAUCAAUUAUAUCUGGCAUCACAGCAGCAACAGGCCUUAGCAAAUUCCCAAGUGCAAAGCAAUCUUGGAGCUUCACCAAAUUAUGGGCCUGCUGGAUUACCUAGAGGCAAUCAAAGUAUGAAAGAUGGUCCAACCACAAGAAAUGAUGGAUCCAUAGGCUCUCCCGGACAAACGAGUUCACCCAAGAUGAAGAUACCUCAGACGCAACAAUCUACUUCUCAACAGCAGGACCAGUUGCAGCAACAGAGUAACAGAAAAAGAAAACAACAUUCUUCUUCUGGACCAGCCAACAGUGCGGGUACAGGGAAUACUGUAUGUCCUUCUCCAAGCUCUCCAGCAUCAACUUCAGCUAGCAGCCUGAAACAUGUAAACAGUGUUCCGAAAAGCAUGAUGAUGUAUGGUUCAGAGGGAAUGGGUGGGCUUGCGUCAUCAACGAAUCAGAUGGACGGCAUUGAAAAUUUUGGGGAUGUUUCUCUGGAUGAUAAUGUGGAAUCCUUUUUGCAACGUGAAGAAGGAGGCGGAAGAGAACUUUAUGGUGCCGUGAAUCACACACUCACUGAGCACAAGACAGAGUCUUCAAAGGGUUUUUCCUUUGGGGAAGUUGGUUGUAUACGUACAAGAAAUAAGGUCUUGUGCUGUCAUUUUUCUUCAGAUGGAAAGUUGCUAGCUAGUGCUGGUCAUGAUAAAAAGGCUGUUUUGUGGAACAUGGAUACACUACAAACUGAGAGCACCCCGGAAGAACAUCAGCUCUUAAUUACUGAUGUUCGGUUUAGACCAAAUUCAACUCAUUUUGGAACUGCUUCCCUUGAUCAAUCUGUGCGAAUAUGGGAUGCAGCUAAUCCAAGCCAUAGUCUGCAUGCACAUACAACAAAUUCUUCACAUGUUAUGUCCAUAGAUUUUCAUCCGAAAAGGAAUGAUCUCUUUUGCUUCUGUGAUAGUGACAACCAAAUUCAUUACUGGAAUAUCAAUCCAUUCCAACGUACUCGUGUUUCUAAGCAGGGAGGUAGCGCACAAGUGCGAUUCCAGCCUGGAAGUGGACAGUUACUAGCGGCUGCGUCAGAUACGAUUGUCUCUAUUUUUGAUGUUGAAACCAAUAGACAAACUCAUUCCUUGCAGGCUCAUAUGGGAGUUGUAAACUAUUUGUGUUGGGACUUGAAUGGGGAAUACUUGGCUUCUGUAAGCGAGGAUAGCGUGAGAGUGUGGUCAGUAAAAUCCGGCGAGUGCAUUCAUGAGCUGAGUGCCAGUGGAAACCAAUCCUGUGUCUUCCAUCCGAGUUAUUCUGCUCUUUUGGUGAUCGGUGGAAUGCGGUCUUUGGAGCUAUGGAACAUGGCAGAAAAUAAAAGCAUGACAGUAUCAGCUCAUGACAACAUAAUUGCUGCUUUGGCACAGUCACCCGUUACUGGAAUGGUGGCCUCUGCAAGCCACGACAGUUCUGUGAAGUUGUGGAAAUAAAGAUAGCAUAACAAGUGAUAUUAAUUGUUUAUAUAUAAUAGUUAUAGUUAUAUAUAGUAUCAUAUAAUGGUAGUGUGACUUGUAUAGUUGUAUUUACCAUUUCACAUAUAUGGUUUUGAUAGCAAAGGUAAGAGUAAUUACUUGUAGAUUAUUCAUUUUCAGUCAUAUAUAUCACGCACUGUGGUGUAGUACCCUAAUCAGUCACAUUGUAUUUGGUAUAUUUGCUCUUCCUUAAGGUAAAAAGAACACAUGAUGUAACUUCUAUCACUUAAAGUAUAAAUGUGGAAUAUAAAGAUUUUCCGUCUU